CGCAACCCAUCGACGAAGCCAAAGAAUUCGAAGGGCACACACCCCGCGAUGCGCCAAGGGACGACGCUUCCCUAAAGCAUUUCGGAUGGCGAGGCCACUGGUGUUUGCACCGCUCUGAUCCGCGAGGAAUAGGGAGCAUUCCGCCUCCCGGAGAUCAUCCUUCGUUGAUUGGUUCUUCGAACCCAUUCCAUUCCAUGUGUGUGGAUCCUUCCGUUCUUUCCAACAAUGCGCCGCAACACGAUGGCAACAACGACAACGACAACAUCAACCACAAUCACCAACACCACGAAGAUUCACAGGCGCCUUGUGCAAGAACCAUACGAAACCAGAGACAAGCAGCUGGUUCUGGUGGCCGGCGCAGAACAAACGGGGAUCGGGGAGUUCUUUUACCGAAACGCGGCGGAACCGGACACCGCAAACGGCCUUGCCGGGUGGGAAUGGCCGACCCUCCGGGAGGGAGGACUCGAAACGCUGCGGAACGGGGGACUCGCACCCUCGAAUUCUUCCGGACACGGUGUUUUCGACCUCCUCUUCCGGGAAACCGCCGACGGCCCCGUCCAGCAGGUGCUGAUGGACGGGAUCCGCGACGCCUGGAAGAAUUCCGGCCGCGGGAUCGUUCUGGGGGCCGAGAGCUUUCUCGGCGUCGGCGUCGGCCCGGAGGAAUCCGGUGGUCGCGCCCCCAAGACGGUCUACCGGCUCAUGGAAAACCUGAGCCUCCGCUCCGGCGACGUCACCCUCGUCCUGGUCUACGGGACCCCCCGGAUCCGGGAAUGGGCCUCGGUCUGGUUGGGGCGUUCUUCCCCGGGCACCUACGAGGACUUUCUCUGCGGGGACGCCUGGGCCGACCAGCGGCUCGAGCACUCGGAGACCACCAUGAACCCCUUUCGGGUCGCGGAGGCCUACCUCUCGAGGGGCUGGAACGUCUUUGUCCUGGACGAGGCUGCCGCGAGGGCCUCCGGCCUCGAUCCCGCCCACGUUUUGGCGUGCGAGGCCCUGGAGGGCGUCUCCUGCGAGGGGGGCUGGAUCGCCGGCCUGGAGGGAGAGACCUCGGGGAUCCCCCCUUCCUACGAGAUCGACGGGCUGGACCGGAGCGAGGAGAGCGACCUUGAGAAGCUCUUUCUGGCCCGGGACUGCUGCUACCGGGCCGGCCUCGCUUCGACGAAGGGAUCCGGGACCCUCCGGACCUCCAUCGGAGCCUCGGCGUGGAAGGACUGCCGGAGCCUCUCGUGCGGUGCCGGUGCCGGGGAGAACCUCACGGACCCGUCCUUCUUUUUGCGGGCCCUCCGGUCGCAGAAAGGCUGCGGGGGGGAGGCCCUCGACCUGUCCGGGCUGCUGACCGGCGGGAAGAGGCCACCCGACGCUGCGGCCCCCCUGCUUCCGGUGGCCCCGGUGGUGGUCGUGGCAACAGCGACAGCGUUAUCGACCCUGGCCGGCCUCCUGGUGUGGUGGGUUCGGCACCGAUGGCGGAGCGGGAAACCAGGACCGCUCCGGGGGGCCUCCGACGGCCUGUUCUCGGGGGAAACCCUGGGGAGGCCGGGAGGCCCGGCUCCCCCGGCCUCGGCCUUUUCCGGCCGUCUCUGCAACGCCUGCCGGUUCGUCCGGGCCGAUCCGGCCUGCGUCUUUUGCGGGGAAGGAACCGUUGCCUCCCCCCCGGGCGGCAUGGGGAGGGAGAUCGAGCGGAGGACGAGGGAAUGCCUCGGAAGAGCAAAGGGCCGGACCGACAGGGGCGGACGUUGUCCGGUCGACGCCUCCCACUUCGACACCAACCUCCGAAAGACCCGCCACCAGAGCAGGAGCCACAAGAGGAAGCAAAUGCUGCAGCAGCUGCAGGUCCAUCGGCAGCGAGACGAAGAGGCAGAGGAGGGAGCCGCCCGCGAGAGCCGGGUCGUGAGAAAGCCGAAGGAACUCCUCGUGACGAAAACCGAGACCGGGGAGAAAAUCUACGAGGUUGCCGAGCGGGAAAGCUCCGCCCUUUGGAGCGGACCUUGCGAGGGAAACCCGCAAGCGAUCGUCUUUGAAAACGACGAGCGCACGCUCCUGUAGGAUUCGCAACUACUGUACUUUGUACCGUAGUAGUAGCAAUGUUUUUGAUUGUUCCGUGUAGGUAGUAGUAUAAAUAAUGAAACACGUAUGGA